CCCACUGUCCCUGAAAUUCUGGUACAGAAUCAAAAUUAUGACAAUUCAGGAACAAUCAAAGUUUGAAUUGACCGUGACACGACAAAAAAUUAUUCGAGUGAAUUGAUUAAAUAACAAAUUACUCGGAAAAUUGGUGCAAUUUUAAUCCGUCAUUGAUUCAAUUUUAUAAAAGGAUGAGAUUCAUUUGGGUUUUAUCCGUAGUACACUUUUUCAGCAUGACUUCUGAACAAGGAGCAAAAUUUUGACGGAAAUUUAAGAUUCGAAUCAUGCAUUUUUGGGUCGCCUUGUUCGCAACGGUGUUCAGCUGGACGGCGCAGGUUUCGACGGGAUCCAUUUUUCGGAUUGUAGUUGCGCCUUGUGUGAUGGGAACGGUCUGGAUUCCAAAUCCGGCUACCGUGCAGAACUUGUGCUUAUCUUGCACGUGCUCCCAACCUACCCAAUCUUUCUGUAAAAUACAGUUCUUCCAAACUUGCCCAGUCACGGCGGUUGCGGCGGCGCCUGCGGUACCCGCGCCCGCAGUUCCAGCUCCCGCUGUACCAGCACCUGCGGUUCCAGCUCCCGCUGUACCAGCACCUGCGGUUCCAGCUCCCGCUGUACCAGCACCUGCACCAGCCCCUGCGCCAGCAGUUCCAGCUCCCAAUCCAGCAAUUGUUCCAAGACCAGCAUUACCCGCAGCUCCCGCGCCCGCAGUUCCAGCGCCUGCUGUACCCGCUCCAGCAGUUCCAGCGCCCGCUCCAGCAAUUCCAGCGCCGGCUCCUGCGCCCGCUCCAGCAGUUCCAGCGCCGGCUCCUGCGCCCGCUCCAGCAGUUCCAGCGCCGGCUCCUGCGCCCGCUCCAGCAGUUCCAGCGCCGGCUCCUGCGCCCGCUCCAGCAGUUCCAGCGCCGGCUCCUGCGCCCGCUCCAGCAGUUCCAGCGCCGGCUCCUGCGCCCGCUCCUGCAGUUCCAGCGCCGGCUCCUGCGCCCGCUCCUGCAGUUCCCGCCGCCCCAGGAGCUGCAGUUCCCCCAAGACCGGUCGUACCUGGUGCACCCGCAGUUCCAGCCCCCGCUGUUCCAGGUGCAGUUCCAGCCCCCGCCGUUCCAGGUGCAGUUCCAGGUGGGAUAAUUGUCCCUCGAGAUGGUUAAACUCAAAUUGACCAAUUUACACUAAUUUAUCCUCCUUGCAGGUUAAUUAUUUUGUAAAAACUGCGCAGUCACGAAUGACUCCUCGUUUCCAUUCUCCACCCAACCCUUCCUCACAAUGCGGACUAAACUAAUCCAAUAUUUGACCUUACCUUAAUUUUGUUAAAAAAUACAACUCAUCCUCGCCACCAUUCUAAAAUACUCUGAAUGAUAAAAAGAGUGUUUUAUGAAAUAAAUAUUCACACACUCUUU